AUGGUGUGGAGCCCGAAGAUUAGUGCGUUGCCGGCAAAGUCCGGCAUUACGUUGUGCAUACGCGUGUUGCUGUUGUUGGUCACAGGCGGCAGGGCGCGCGGCGUGCACGGCGAGAGCGGUGCCGCUGCCGCGGAAUUGGAUCGCGCGGCCGCGCGGCACCGCGCCCACCGCGCCGUCCGGGCCCGAGGAGAUCAGAGUUUCCCCGUGCACGAUGAGCCGCAAGAUGAUGGAGUACGAAGCUCGACGGCCGAACUUCCACUUCCACUUCCAGGUGGCUUUGGAGAGGCAGCGAAGGACGCCCCCAUGCUGACGCUGGCGCCCGAGCCCGAGGAGACGCCAGCGAGCCUCCUGGCAAGCAUGCCGCCGCCAGAGGCGUUCGAGGAGUGCAGCCGCUACGAUGCUGGAGACACCUUCAAGGAGUUCAGGAAGUGGUCCAGGAGGAGCGUCCUCGCCUUCCUGUGCGAGGUUCCUGUGAAGAAGCGAAUUUUCGCUGCGCAGGCACGGGAGAUUCUGCAGCUCUUGGCGGACGUCCCAGAGUGGCGCGGCGGAGGCGCGGACGACCUGGCGUCAGUGGACAUCGAGGCGGCCCUGUUGCAGAAAGAUCCGCCGCGCCCGGGGCCGCGCGGCACCGCGCCCACCGCGCCGUCCGGGCCCGAGGAUCAGAGUUUCCCCGUGCACGAUGAGCCGCAAGAUGAUGGAGUACGAAGCUCGACGGCCGAACUUCCACUUCCACUUCCAGGUGGCUUUGGAGAGGCAGCGAAGGACGCCCCCAUGCUGACGCUGGCGCCCGAGCCCGAGGAGACGCCAGCGAGCCUCCUGGCAAGCAUGCCGCCGCCAGAGGCGUUCGAGGAGUGCAGCCGCUACGAUGCUGGAGACACCUUCAAGGAGUUCAGGAAGUGGUCCAGGAGGAGCGUCCUCGCCUUCCUGUGCGAGGUUCCUGUGAAGAAGCGAAUUUUCGCUGCGCAGGCACGGGAGAUUCUGCAGGUGUUCUGGGGCCUGGUCUUCUACGGCCAGCUCGUGCUGACGCUGCUCCUCGUGGCGCUCGUCAUCGUUGGGAAGAACGUGGUCUUCCCCGAUGCAUCCGGAGCGUGCCCCGCAGACUUCCCGCAUCCCGCGCAGUGGUGCGCCGAGGGAGGCGUCGCCUGCGUGACUUUUCCCAUGUGCACUAGCAGCGGCUUGGCGGACAAGUUCAGCCAUUGCCAGCUCAAGCGCCUCACCGCCGACGACCAUCGCCCGCUCGAGCUGGUCGCGGAGAGCACCCCGCCGAUGAGGGUGUGGGAGCUGCUGGCCAAGCACGUGGAGGUGCCCGUCGUGGUGCUGUUCGGUAUACUCCUGCUCUGCACCGUCUGGCUGGCGCUCCUCCGCGUCGCCGCGGCCGUCGUCAUCUGGGGCACCCUCGCCUUGAACGCCGCGGCCUUCGUGUAUGCGUCUGCGCUUCCGCGCAUGCCCGCCGCCGGGUUCCUAGGGAAGCCGCGCAGCAGCGUGGCGGUCUGGCUGGACGAGGUCCAGCCGGGCAAGCUUGGGCGGGCGAGACUGGCCGCGCAAGAGGUCCGUCGGGCGAGGUUCGGCGCAGCCGAGCCCGCCCAAUCCAGCAUCGGCCAGGGUCGCACCAGCCGAGCGGAGAAGGCGAAGGCGCUCAGCCCCUUCUCCUUCUUCCUGUGCCCGCGGGGGUCCAGCGGAGUGAGCCACCAUGUGCCGACAGACCCGCACGAGACCUCGAGUGCCUGA